GCUCACUCACCCAGUGCACAGAGUUGUUCUACACAACGUUAGAGAAUGUUCUUGUUUUUCAAUAUUAACCAUUGUAUUAUCUGUAUAGUCCUGUGCUAUGUGUGUGUUCCUGCAAAUGCAUUUCCUGUACCACCCAUCUCUAGGAAAGAACAAUUGUCUGGAUUCCUGUGAUAGGACCACUCUGGAGGCUUCACUGGGCUCCACAGUGCUCCUCAACUGCAGCUUCAAAGAUACUUGGCUUGGAAACAGCUCCCAUCAGAAAUGGGUGUUCUGGAGCAGACCUCCUGGUUCUAGACUAGUCAGUAUCACAGCCAAAGGCCAGACUGACUUCAAGGACCCAAGAGAUGGUAGAGUGAAAGCCUUUCCUAACCAGGGCAAACUUGGUAACUACUCUAUCCGCAUCGAUGUCCUUCAGGACACUGACCUUGGCUGGUACUGCUGUGAGUGGGGAGAUGAGUGCCGUAGAGUGGAGCUCACCAAAGCUGAAGCGGGGGCUUGGAACAAAAAUAUAAUGCAUUUGUUUUACAUUUCCACUGGAGUGGUCAUCUUCAUUCUACUUCUGAAGACAUGCUGCAUCUUUCAUUGGAAAUUUACAGGGCAUUGCAAAAAGAGCCAACCUGACUAUGAAAAUGAGGACUUCCACACAGGCACAACGGCCAGAGCCCCUCCCCCUGAGGUCAUUGCAUGUGACGAAAAUAUAGGACAAGGGGAAGAGCAACAACAGAGAGACGCCAAUGGCGGGAUCAUUUAUGAAAACAAUGAGCAUGAUCCAACUAUUAAUCAACAACAAGAUAUUACCAGAAAUGUCCCAAACUCUCAAGAUAAUCAAUCCACAAAUGAAAGUCAGAGAAGACACUGUGUCACAUUUCAUAGAGAACUCUUUAGUAGAUUACGUCAAGCAAGUCUUGGACGACAUUCCUAUGUAAAUCAAGCAGAGCUCAACCAACAAGCAAGAUCUCCAAUGGGAAACGGUCAAAGAGCAAGUUUUUGGAGAAAGAGAGCCAAACACAAAUGUGAAUAUGAAAACCCUCUCUACAAUAACAGCAUGGAUCAGCUCAAGUUAUAAAGGAUGGUUGGGUAAAAUAUCAGACAACUUUGAAUUUAUGUGUAUUUUAAGGUAUUCAUGUAAAACUCAUGAAUGCUUACAUGCAACUGCACAGUCAUAGCUUUGUGGUUUUCUACAUGAAUAAAAAUGUAUGCAUUUAUUAAUGUGCACUCGAUUUAGCUGUACACACUCACCAAAAUGCUCCUGACCAUAUAGUACAUACAAUUAUUAUUAAACUUUUCAAAUAGUUUGCCAUCCAGUUUUUAUUUAUUUUUUAAGAACUAGUUGAGUUCAACAUAAAAUAUUUAGUAAUGUUUUGUCAAAAUUAUGCCAUCAGUCAAUUUGAGAGAAUUUCCAGUUUGUUAAUGUAGAUUAAAGUAAUCUUAAAUAGAUGUUGCAGAUUUAGCUUAAUCUUCUUUUGUGUAAGUAUAUAACAUGCAGAGCAAGACAAUAUGUGUCUUGUAUAUUCUAUAAAUCUCACCAAGAGUUUAACUUGUAUUGAAUGUUUGUAUGCUGUAUGCUGUAGUGAAAUGUAGUUUGUCUGCCAAAGUCUAAUGAGAGGGAAAUUGUGAAUAUGAUAAUCAAGGCAAUUAAAGCAAAUGAUAAUCA